AUGUUCACCGCUUCAUCGUCGCCGAAUCUCUGCUCAACUCUCCAGCCGCCUCUCCUCGUCCCCACGACCAUUCAAUCAAUUGGAAUCCAAUCCACAAGCCAUCCACCGAUCACGGUUUAUUUGCCGACCACGGUUUAUUUGCCGACCAUGGACAACCCUCUCCUGCCCACGACGCUCUCUUCAUUGAUCUCCUCUCCACACCAACUCUUUACCCAUCUGGCCCAUCCCCUUCAUCCCCUGAACCGCUUCCUCCCAAAAGACUCUGCAGCUCAGACGUUCCUCCCGCUUUCCUCGGACAACUCAAUCCCGGCCACGGUGCCGCUAAUUUUCCCAAAUCUUUUCCCAAAUGAAUACCAGAAUCUGCUGGGUGGAUCGUUGUUGAAUCUUUCGCCGAACAGCGAUAAUAUCCCUGUAACCAAGACAAAUCCU